UUAUCCGUAGAAGAGAGGCGGAAGGUCUUGUCUGAGUCAAAAUUUCAGCGCGCAUUGCGCAGUCCUGUUAUGUCAGAGCCAUCAGCUGCACUAAUGCAUCACGUUGGACAUAAGUUCCACGAGGUGUUUCAGAUGAAGCAAGGAUGCUAUGCUGAUCUUCCUGCUGCAAAAAUUUCAGAAAUGAUGAAACCCAACAGUUUAGAUAACGCGCCAACUCAGUCACUUUUGAGUGUUGUAAAUGGAAUUCUUGAUGAAAGUGUUGAAAGAAAGAGCGGUGAAAUACCUCAUCGUGUGGCUUGUCUUCUGAGAAAAGUUGUCCAGGAGAUUGAGCGACGUAUAUCAACUCAAGCAGAGCAUUUAAGAACUCAAAACAACCUUUUUAAGGCUCGUGAAGAGAAAUACCAGUCAAGAGUCAAAGUACUUGAAGCCCUUGCUUCCGGUACAAGUGAAGAAAGCCAGCUCGUCAUGAACCACCAUCUUCAGCAAAUUAAGAAUGAGAGAACCAGAUUGGAAGCAAAGAAGAAAAUCGAUGAUGAGGAUGUGAUCAGAUUGCUGAAAGAGAAGGAUCAGAGCAACCUUGAAAUUUCAGGUUUAAAGCAAGAGUUGGAUAUAGCCAAAAAGACAUAUGACUUGCGUUGCUUGCAAAUGGAGACAGAAGCUAAAGGCGCUAGAGCAGAACUUGAACGGAGAGUAAAAGAACUUGAACGUCUCUUGGAAGAGUCAAAGAAUAAGGUGAAAGAGCUUGAGGCGAAUUCUGAGUCUAAAUAUCAGCUUUGUAAGGCAGCGCUUGAAGGGAGAAUAAAGGAACUUGAAGGUUUCCUGGCAGAGUCAAGGAAUAAGGUGAAUGAGCUUGAGACAAAUUCUGAGUCAAAAUAUCAGUUUUCUAAAGCAGAGCUUGAAGAGAGAAUAAAAGAACUUGAACGCCUCUUGGCAGAUUCAAGGAAUGAGGUGAAACAACUUGUGGCAAAUGCAAAGUCAAAAUGUAAAAGUUGGAACAAGAAAGAGCACGCUUGCUAUAGCUUUAUGGAUUUUCAACUUGGUUCAUUGAAGGAACUGAGAUUAUCUUCGGAGUCCAUUAAGCAUGAAAUUUUGAAGGCAGGACAAAGUUACACGGUGGAAUUUAAUCAAUUAGGAGUGAGGCUUCAAGCGUUAGCAGAUGCUUCUGAGAACUAUCAUGCACUCCUUGGUGAAAAUAGGAAGUUAUUUAACGAAAUUCAGGAUCUCAAAGGAAACAUUAGAGUGUAUUGUCGAAUAAGGCCAUUUCUUCCGGGACAGAGAGAAAAACGGACAUCGGUAGAACAUGUUGGUGAAAAUGGGGAACUGGUAGUUGCAGACCGCUCCAAACCAGGGAAAGAGGGUCAUCGAUUGUUUAAGUUUAAUAAGGUCUUUGGUUCAGAUGCAACUCAAGCGGAGGUAUACUCUGACACACAACCGUUGAUUCGAUCCGUGCUUGAUGGAUAUAAUGUUUGUAUUUUUGCUUAUGGUCAAACUGGAUCUGGGAAAACUUACACAAUGACUGGUCCUAAUUCCUCAACUAAAGAGAACUGGGGGGUCAAUUAUCGAGCCUUAAAUGACCUUUUUGACAUCUCACAACGUAGAAAAAGCUCCAUCACCUAUGAAAUUGGAGUUCAAAUGGUUGAAAUAUAUAACGAACAAGUGCGCGAUUUACUAUCCGGAGAUGGUACUCAGAAAAAACUUGGGAUUAUGACACACUCUCAACCGAAUGGGUUAGCUGUGCCAGAUGCUAGCAUGCACCCUGUCAAAUCAACCUCGGAUGUGAUACAAUUAAUGGGUUUGGGACUUAAGAACAGAGUUGUUAGUGCCACUGCCCUAAACGAAAGAAGUAGUCGCUCCCAUAGUGUUGUUACUGUUCAUGUACGCGGGAUGGAUUUGAAGACUGGUUCUGCUUUGAUUGGUAAUCUUCAUCUUGUAGAUCUCGCUGGAAGCGAAAGAGUGGACCGCUCAGAGGUAAUUGGAGAUAGGCUAAAGGAAGCACAACACAUAAACAAAUCUCUAUCUGCACUUGGAGAUGUCAUAUUUGCUCUUUCACAAAAGAGCUCUCAUGUACCAUACAGAAAUAGCAAGCUUACUCAAGUCCUUCAAAGUUCUCUCGGUGGGCAAGCAAAAACGCUUAUGUUUGUGCAGCUUAAUCCUGAAACAAGUUCAUAUUCUGAAAGUUUAAGUACUCUAAAGUUUGCUGAGAGGGUUGCUGGAGUUGAGCUGGGGGCUGCACGAAGCAACAAAGAGGGCAGGGAUGUUAGAGAAUUAAUGGAACAGGUGGCAUCUCUCAAAGACACUAUUGCUAAGAAGGAUGGCGAGAUCGAACGGUUGCUAAAAAAUGAUGUCCACGGUGAGAAGCGUGGGACAGGCUCGUUUAGGUAUGAAUCUUCCCAUCCAAGCAGAGUUUCUAGAGGCGGGACUACUCCUAAGUGAAGCCAAACACCGUUAAGUGGGAAGGGCUUAGGACUUAAGGCAGCUUCUGAUCCUGAAAAAUGUGUUUUGUACAGUCAUAAGCAUUCUGAAGCUGAGCUCCAGAAGUCCAUGCAUGACAUUAAACACCAAAAUGAUUUUCUCCGGCAAUCAAAGGUUGCCGGAGGUGAUAUAGGUCAGCAUAAACAUGCAGAUGCUGAGAUGUUAGCAUUUGGAGAUGCAGAUAGUGAGGAGAAAUUAAGUGACAUGUCUGACGGUGGUCUUUCUGCUGGAACAGAAACUGACGGCUCUGCAGACAGCAUGAAUUACCCUGAAAGUGCAAAAUCUGAUAACUCGGAAAGGCCUAAAAGGCUUAGUAGGAUUCCGCGACCGUCACUAAAACCAGGACAAACUUCAACAUCUCUAGCAUCAGGAUCAAAGAGCUCUCCCAAGGUACCACCAGGCUUAAGAAAAAGUAACAGCUCUUCUUCACUGAAGCCUUCUUCCAGAAGAUGGCAAUAAGUAGUAGGGCAGUCGACGCUACCAUUUGUCAUUUUGAUUUUACAUGUAUAGUUUUUUUUUUCUUUUCCAUGGUUUUCUAGUUAGUUGUAAUUGUUUGUUGUGAGGUUUUAACAGCUGCCCUAGCUUUGUAAUUGCUGAAUUUUUUUGCUAAGUAAGGUCUAAAUCAACGUAUAGAAGAAUCACACGACGGAUUGAAGGCUUGUACAAAUCCAAAUCUUAGACAACAAGAAAUGUGGACAGGAAUAAUACAAUUUACACUUGAUAAUGAAAAAUUGAGAAUGUUUUUCAAAUUGACAGAAUCGUACAUUUUGAUUGAUUUAAACAACAAAGAAUAAAUAAUGCAUAUUACA